AAGAGAUCGAUCGAUCAGUUACGAUGAUGAACGAUAAAAGUGAGUCCAAAACAGAAGAGAUGAAAGGGUGGAGAAAAGUUAUAGAAAAUGUAGGUAAUUGGCUGGCAAACAAGAAUAAGGAUGAAUGGUUGAAGGACAUGAGGGGGAACCCGAGUUUGGCAGCAACACUAAUCUCAACUUUGACCUUUCAAACUGCUAUUAAUCCACCAGGUGGUGUUAGGCCAGCAAAAGAGAGUGGACAUGUGUUAUGUCCAAGAUCAGAAGACAUGUUAGAUGGGAAGAAUCCAUGUCCAGGAGAAGCCAUCCUUGCUGUUGUUUUCCCAGACAAAUAUUUCAAAUUCCUCUUAUGGAACACUAUAUGCUUCGUUUCAUCCUUAGCUGUUUGUCUCUUGCUUGUGAGUGGGUUCCCUCUGAAUCACCGAUUCUUCACGUGGCUUUUGUCAAUAGGGAUGUGCCUCACCAUCACCAGCCUCACUCUUACCUACAUGGUUGGUGCAGAAAUGGUCACCCCAUAUCUCAUUUGGAGUACAACCAACACCAUGUUUAGUAAAGUUAUUUAUAUUUGGAUUACACUGCUAGGACUCGUCACUCUUGUCCUUUUCCUACGCCUGUUUGUUUGGAUUCUGAUUAAAUGCAGUGACAAACGUAAACGGUGA